UUCCCCAAAUUCGGUCGGUGGGUUUUGUCACCCCUUCCCUCUGCUCCACACCCAAUUCCUCCCCCAUUGAUUCCCUACUUUCCCUUCUCUCCAAAUACUUUUUCAGUCCAAACCCUAGCUUUAAUUAUAGAAGCAGGAAUCAUGAAGCUAAAGAAGCCAGUGAAGGAACUCAAGCUCUCUGUUCCGGUUCAAGAUACCUCCGUCUCCAGCUUCUUGACCGCGAGCGGAACCUUUCACGACGGCGAUUUACUGUUAAACCAGAAAGGUUUGCGCCUUAUCUCCGAUGACAAUGAUUCUCCUCCUCAGCCUGCAGAAAGUAAGGAAUUUGAUCUUCAAUUUUCACUGGAAGAUCUUGAGACCAUCAAAGUGAUUGGAAAGGGAAGUGGUGGUGUGGUUCAACUUGUUCGUCAUAAAUGGGUUGGAACGUUAUUUGCCUUGAAGGUCAUCCAGAUGAAUAUACAAGAAGAUAUUCGGAAACAAAUUGUGCAGGAGCUUAAAAUUAAUCAAGGCUCACAGUGUCCCCAUGUUGUGGUUUGCUACCAUUCUUUCUACCACAAUGGGGCUAUCUCGCUUGUACUGGAGUAUAUGGACCGUGGCUCUUUAGCUGAUGUACUCAGACAAGUGAAGACAGUUCUUGAACCGUAUCUUGCAGUCCUGUGUAAGCAGGUUUUGCAAGGUCUCGUGUACUUGCACCAUGAGAGACAUGUUAUCCAUAGAGAUAUAAAGCCAUCCAAUCUGCUAGUGAACCACAAAGGGGAGGUCAAAAUUACAGAUUUUGGUGUGAGCGCAAUGCUGGCCAGCUCUAUGGGUCAAAGAGACACAUUUGUUGGUACCUAUAAUUACAUGGCGCCUGAAAGAAUUAGUGGGAGCACCUACGACUACAAGAGUGAUAUCUGGAGUCUGGGCAUGGUUACCCUUGAGUGUGCUAUUGGACGUUUCCCUUACAUACAAUCUGAAGACCAGCAAGGUUGGCCAAGCUUUUAUGAGCUUUUAGAAGCAAUUGUGGGAGGCUCUCCACCUUCUGCUCCACCAGAUCAAUUCUCCCCAGAGUUUUGUUCAUUUAUCUCUGCCUGCAUACAGAAGGAUCCGAGGGACAGAUCCUCAUCUCUGGACCUUUUGAACCAUCCUUUUCUUAAGAAGUUUGAAGACAAGGACAUUGAUCUUGGCAUUCUGGUAGCUAGCUUGGAACCUCCCAUAAGUUUUCCUAGAUGAUCAUUUUCUUGUAAUGACUUCAGAGUACAAUAUUUUUCCCCAUAUGCUUUAGCCGCAAGCCAUGCUCGCAGAUUACAACUACACAUUGUUUAAUUCUUCUAAAUUUUCCCAAAAUUUUGUUGGUUGCAAACUUAUCAGACAUGAUACGUAGAAGUCUGAUACUGUAAAAGUCUGAUAAAACAUGAUAUGUAAAAGUCUGAUAUUGUCAUACACCUCUACACGUUUUCUCAA